GUGGAGCGCGUCUUCGCGACUCGCGAGUGUUUUGUUUCUCGCCCUCGGCCGUCCUGGAAUGGAACUGGAUCGAAGAGCUCUAAUGGUCGAAUGAGGAAGUGGAUAUCGUCAGUGCUGUGAUACUCAUCGACUGUGCCAUGUGUAUUCGGACUAGGUUAAAGAUUGGUGCAUUGCGAUGUUUGUUUGCCGUUUUCGUCGCCGUUUGGAGUCUGCCGCAGCAAGUCGCCUCCCAGAACGACGGCGUCGUGGAUCUGGUCCUAGGCGCCGAUUUGUACUCUGAAUCGCAAGGAGUGAUCAGAAUUUUAGGCCGAUGUUGGAACAACACCGAGGAACGCGAGCCCGGCAGGUCCGACUGGGCAUAUCGGUGGAGCGACCAAGCCCGCGUCUCCCUGAGCACACGAGACUACUUUCCAAGGGGUUUUCCCACGGAUUUUUCGCUGCUUGCCGUCGCCAGACCCACACCAGGUCAAGUUUACCCCCUUUUUACAUUAUACAGUGAAGAAGGAGACGAACAACUUUCCAUAAGCGUUGGGAGAGAUGUGAAUAUAUACUACGAAGACGUUGAAGAGAUGCCCUUGGAGAACAACCAUAUAGAAUUUAACGUUUCUUUGGACGAUGGGGAAUGGCACCGUCUGGCCUUUAGUUUCAAAGGAGACUCAGUCACACUGAUCCACGACUGCCUCAAUACCAUCACGAGGUCCUUGUUAAGGGGCUUCACAUCAAAACUGAGCACGUCUGGAAUUAUGAAUAUUGGAUAUCAAUUAGCAGACGAGGGGUUUUAUAGCGGAGAUGUCCAAAUGCUAAAAAUCGCCCCCACCCCCGACGAAGCUUACGAAAUGUGUUCUAAACACUCUCCAGACUGUGAUGUUGUUCAUGGUACGAUCAGCAACACCUUCUACAGAGGCGGAAACGGGUCGAUCAGCAGUGGAGGUUCCUACCGCUGGACGUCUAGCAAUUCUAGCAACUUUAGGGGAAGUAGCAGCGGCAACAGCUUCAGCGCUAGCUCUGGAGGAGACGUCAUUCAAGCAGGAGAUCUCGAGGGUUUAAACAAGUUGGUCACGGAGACACCUCGACGAAGCUUCAGCAUCAGUGGAGGAAGCUCUGAAGGAGGUUCAAUAGGCAUAGAACAUGGCACUUACGGUCAAGACCGCGUAGGAGGAAAUAGUGUCAUAAACGGAACAGAUGAAGUCGAAGUAGGCAGUAACUUGGACUUGGCAGGUGAUUCUCUAGUAGGUCCUGAUUUUAACUACCCUCUCUUUAGCAAUGAGACAGUGGAAGUAACUACUUUUUUCCCCGAUUAUGGAGAGCCAGAUGAGACCAACGGAGACUAUGAUAGUUUACCAACAGGCCCAGACAGCGAACAAGGUGGGUAUCCUUCUUACAACGGCAUCAGGGGACCACCAGGACCUAGAGGAUAUCCCGGACCGCCUGGACCUUCAGGGUUUCCAGGUGCUAAAGGCGACUCCGGAAGAGAUGGAUUAGCUGGAACUGGAGGCAUUCCUGGCCCACCUGGACACGUUUUUAUGAUACCAAUAAACGCUCAAGGGAAUGAAAAGGGCCCGGAUCAACAAGCCGAAACGUUCAGACACAUGCUGUCGCAACACAUGAUGGCGAUGAGGGGCAUAGAAGGACCCAUGGGCCUCACCGGAAUUCCCGGGCCUCCAGGACACACGGGUCCUGAAGGAACUAAGGGAGAGCCGGGAGACAGUGGAGAACCGGGUUUACCGGGAUUAAGAGGCAUUGAAGGACCAUCAGGACGUGAAGGGCGAAGAGGGCCAGACGGAAGAGACGGGGAGAGGGGUCUAACAGGACCUCCAGGUUCCAAAGGAGAUCAGGGGCUGAUUGGCCUUCCUGGAUUGCCUGGAGAAAAAGGCGAGCGAGGAACUACAGGAAACCCAGGAGAGAAAGGUUUGCCAGGACAUGACGGCAUGCAAGGAGAAGAAGGUGCCCCAGGUUUGCCCGGACUUCCUGGAGAAAUGGGACCUAGAGGAUUUACAGGCCCUAGAGGAAUUCCUGGAUUUCCAGGCGCUCCAGGAAUUCCUGGAGUAGAAGGACCUCCGGGAAAUAAAGGUCAUCCUGGCCCUAUAGGACAACCUGGUCAGCCAGGGCAAACGGGGCCUCCAGGUGCAGUGGGGCCUCCAGGACCCCAAGGGCUAUUAGGACCACCUGGAGUUAUGGGUCCUCGUGGGAAAUCCGGAGUUCCGGGCCUGCCCGGAGCCGAGGGGCUUCCAGGUGUCAAUGGCAAUCCUGGAACGCCGGGUUCAAAAGGAGAACAAGGUUUGCCAGGGCCUCAGGGAUCGAUAGGAUUCCCUGGUGGUCGAGGAGUUAAAGGGGAUGAAGGAAAGAGAGGACUUGUCGGUGAAAAAGGUGAUAAGGGCGACAGAGGAUUGGAAGGGGAAAAGGGAGAGGCUGGCGGAAAGGGAGACACCGGCCCGGAAGGACCGCAGGGUACUGCUGGGUUGGAAGGACCUGAAGGUCCAAAAGGCUUUGAUGGUCCUAGAGGAGAAACAGGCCAAGUGGGUCCACCUGGUGAGAAGGGUAAAGAUGGGAUACAAGGUUUUGCAGGAUAUCCGGGAACUCAAGGUGAUAAAGGAGACAAAGGGGCAACUGGUAGACUAGGACCAGCUGGAGAUAAAGGAGAAAGGGGCCAUCCAGGAGUACCUGGUGAAAGAGGAGAAACAGGACCUCGAGGUUUUAGAGGUACGAGAGGUCGACGGGGUUCUGAAGGACUACCAGGCCCCAAAGGAGACACCGGGCAACCUGGUCCUCCAGGAUCUCAAGGAGAAGUCGGCCCUCCGGGUCCAGAAGGCGGAAGGGGAUUCAAUGGGCCCCCAGGAUCUCCCGGUCCAAGUGGUAAAGAUGGGGCGUCUGGCUUACCAGGGGAAAGAGGACCACCAGGAGAACCGGGUAAAGCAGGUCCUUCUGGCCCCCCUGGAGUUAUCGGACCGCAAGGCCCUGCUGGAGAACUAGGACCAAUAGGAGAACCUGGAACACCAGGAUCUCCAGGUACUCCUGGAGAACCAGGACUCCCAGGCGACGCAGGGAAAGAAGGACCACCCGGACCCGUUGGACCGGCUGGAAGGCCGGGUCCUCCUGGACCCACAGGACUUCCAGGAUUCCCUGGGGAAAGAGGCCACAACGGACUACCGGGCAUGCCAGGGUUGAAAGGAGACACUGGUCCCAUGGGCCCAUCAGGUGUAGCAGGUGACAAAGGUCAGCAAGGUGAACCUGGAAAAGACGGUCUUCCAGGUCCCGAAGGUCGAAAGGGGCCACCAGGACCACCUGGCCCUGGCGGCGCCAAAGGAGAGUUGGGAGAACCAGGGCCUCCUGGAGUUGCUGGCAGAGGCGGCUUGCCAGGACUGAGAGGAUUACCAGGAGCUCCUGGGCCGAUUGGGCCUCCGGGAGAAGACGGAGAUAAAGGAGACGUUGGCCCUCCUGGCGAGAAGGGAUUCAAAGGGGCACAAGGAGAACCAGGUCCUGUGGGCAGUCCGGGUCUUCAAGGACUCCGUGGGGAACCUGGAGCGAUAGGUCCUCCAGGUGAACGCGGUCCACCAGGAGAAAUGGGUAGACACGGUCGCAAGGGAGAAGGCGGGCCGUCAGGAUUACCAGGACCAGCUGGGCCAGCGGGACCUCAAGGAUUGCCGGGACCGCCAGGUGCCAAAGGAGAAGUAGGGGACAUUGGUCAGAAGGGUCCAUUGGGACCUGCAGGUUCGCCUGGGGAACCUGGACCUAGGGGGCCAAAGGGCGUCGAAGGACCACCAGGGUUAACAGGACCUGAAGGGCAACAAGGAUCUAAAGGCGAUGAUGGGCCACCUGGACCUAUCGGACCGCCAGGAAAUGACGGAAAAAAUGGUGAACGUGGUCCAACAGGUCAGAAAGGCGAAGAAGGCAAAGCGGGUGUUCAAGGUCCUCCAGGACCGAGAGGGGGUCCAGGUCCCGAAGGAUCCAAAGGAGCAGCGGGUCCACCGGGAUUCCCAGGACCUCCUGGGGAACCAGGUCUAACGGGCUCGAAGGGCGAACCGGGAAAAGACGGAGAAGAAGGGAAACAGGGAGAACCAGGGCAGCCGGGAGACCAAGGUGUUCAGGGACCCAUUGGGCCUGUCGGACCUCCAGGAAAACCAGGUCCUGAAGGAGCUGCGGGAAUGCAAGGAAAUACUGGACUACCAGGGGAAAAAGGAGACAAAGGGCAGAUUGGUGCACCUGGACUACAAGGAUCUCCUGGUUCUCAAGGUGUUCCUGGACCUCAGGGACCACCUGGUCUAACAGGAGCACCUGGAGCAGGUGGUGAAAGUGGUCCACCAGGUUCACCAGGUCUUCCAGGGUCUCAAGGAAAGAUGGGGGAACCUGGUCCUCGAGGGCAAAAAGGAGAUCGUGGUAGAAGAGGUCCAAAAGGCCACAGAGGAGAAAUUGGCAACCCAGGUUUAAAGGGGGAUGAAGGAGAAAGGGGUGAAAGGGGAGAAAAGGGAGAUAGGGGACCCGAGGGUCCAAAGGGAAAUACAGGUCCAUCGGGUCCUGCCGGGCCCAAAGGCAACGACGGUCCCCCAGGUCUGCCAGGUUUAGAAGGACCGCCCGGCCCGAAAGGUUCCCUGGGUCAAGCUGGAGUGAAAGGAGAACCGGGACCUUUAGGUCCUCCAGGACCUCCCGGCGAAGCGGCUGAAAUGCCCUUGAUACCGCCAGAACUCCUAGUGCAAAUGCAGAAUCCAGAUAAGGGGGUUACACGAGAGAGGAGAAGCCUCGAGGAUUUGAUAACUGAUUACGAAGAUGAAAUUGACACCAAGAAAUCAGAAAAUAGAGCGGGUGAUGAAAAUUCUACAAUGGAAAAGGAAGACUUGAAUCUAAAGUUCCUUGACAUGUACAGUACCAUCUACUCCAUGAGGCAAGACUUGGAGAAAGUUCGGAAACCAACGGGAACCAAAGAAAAUCCAGCACGGACUUGUAAAGAUCUGUACUAUGCCCAUCCGCAUUACAACGAUGGUUGGUACUGGAUUGAUCCAAAUGCAGGGAUGAAAGAUGACGCUGUGUACGUAUAUUGUAACAUUACAACUGAAGGAGAGACUUGUGUAUUCCCGGAUGUACACAGCUCCAACAUACCAAAUAUCCCUUGGAGGAAAGAAGGCAGUAGAAAGGACUGGUACUCCAACUUAAGGGGAGGGUUUAGGAUAUCAUACGAAACUAUUGGCCGUGUUCAACUGACGUUCUUAAGGCUGCUAUCCCUAGAAGCAUAUCAGAAUUUCACUUACACCUGCAUCAACAGCGCUGCGUGGUACAACUCUAAAACUUCCAAAUACGACAUGUCUAUAAAACUUUUAGGUGAAAACGAACAAGAAUUUUCCCAUAGCAGGUUGAAACCCCACGUAAUAUUCGAUGGAUGUAAGGCAAGAGACACAAAAAGUGAAACCGUUUUCGAAGUGCGGACUAAAAAGUUGCACCAACUGCCUAUUGUUGACUUUCUUCCCGUCGACUAUGGUAUGCCGAAUCAGGCGUUUGGAUUUUCCGUUGGACCCGUUUGUUUUAAAUGAAGAUGCUUAACUUUUAACUGUAAGAGCAAGUCGAAAAAAUAUAAAAAUAUUUGUUACUCACACCUAUAGUCCAUUUAUUUUAGAGAAAUAUUUUACAUUGUUUAUAGACUUUACAUUUUGUUGUUAUGGCACCUUUUUUUACUAUUUAUGAUAGAUGUAAGAAACGAAUGUACAUAUUUUAUGCGA